AUGCACACCCGAUCGCCAGAGGCUACCACAUCGAGCGCCGUCCAUACGCUACCCGCAGCCAUGUCCACCCGAUCGCCCGAGGCUACCACCUCGCGCGCCGGCCGUGCACCACCCGCAGCCGUGGCCAACCGAUCACCCGAGGGUGCCACCCCGAGCGCCGUCCCCGAACCCACCGCAGCCACCACACCCCCUGCGAUGACCCCGAGGUCCAGUCCCCUCAGUGCCGCCCUAGGCAUGUCACCCGGGACCAUCGGACAACUGUUGGACCAGAUCCCAGCCGGGGUUGAGGAUUUGAUUUGGGCUGCUCCAGAACGUUGGAACCCCGACGGCCUCGUUAGCCCGCCACAGGACGCCACUGACGGACGAGAGAGGAGUCCCGUGCGCGUCAGCCAGGACCCGCCGGAAGGCGAGCGAUAUCCGCUUCCGGACGGGUGGGAACACAACUUACCAGACCGCCGGGUGCCUGCCGUGGUGUGGCGGACCAUCUCCGCCAGACUCGCCGCCGCCCAGUACGCCCGCCAACGCCUACGAGUAAGGACUGAGGAUGGGUCGUACCAGAUCACCCUCCGGCCCAGCGGACGGGGAACGGUCUCUUUUGUUCCCCGAAAACUCGCCGAGACCAGACGUGUGCUCGACCGCCGCAUCCUGGUUACCGCGCACGUGCCCAUACAAAACGAGAAGAGACCUCAACCCGAAAGCUCAUCCGUGUUCCGUCGCAACGGAACCCCGCCAGAUCGCGUACCGCGACACGCGCCUGAUCGCCGACCGUCGGCACCGCGAACUCCGCGUCCAUCCGGAGUAGUAGCCCCCGCUUUUCCCCCUCAGCCCCGAUUCCGCUACCGGGAGUCGCUGCGGCGACCCACAUACAUCCUCGGCCUACAACGCCACCUAUUGGUCCGAGUUCCCCUCACGACCAACCCGCGUUUUCGGCCUACAACGCCACCUCGCGGCGUGAGUUGUGACCUCACGAUCGGCGUGGCACCCGUCAGAGGGCGCUAUUCUCCGAGUUUGGGACGAUCAUCGUUCCCACCCCACCCGAAUUUCACCUCUACGGUGGGAUCGGCCCUGACCGGCAGCCACCAGGGGGCGCCAGCGACCAUCUCUCUGACUUCUGCCAGCCUCAAGCCUCGUUCGAAGUCUCAUCCGUUCGCCCGACAGGUGGUGUGGGAGACCCACCUUUUACCGGCGGCUAUACGGAUGAGGCAGUACAGUGGCUCUUGGCAUUAA